AUGAAUGAAACGGCUCCCAACUUGGUAACAACGUAUUCAUUCAAAGGUGGUAAAGAAUAUGUUUUGAAAAUAAAAGUCACGACACUUCGCGGGAAUUCUCAACGAAGUUUGGAUUUAUCAGUGGCUGAUAAAUACACUGGGGAGGAAUGGCACUCGGCUUACGAUAUCGCGUAUAUUGAAAAUUUGACUCACAAAACAGGAAAUUAUAAGCAAUUUGACAUAUUUGUGGCGAUGUUACAAUCAGGACUUUUAAAAACUAGUGAGAGUAUCAGCCUAGAUCUCCUGACUUUUGAGGAUUUAGAACUUUUACGAGCGCGUCGAGCUGACAAUGGUUCUAAUCCUCCAGUAAAUUGCAAAAAUAAUAAUCGACGUUAUCUAAUUCUCACAUAUACAGUCGAAUUUGAUCGAAUCCAUUAUCCAUUACCUUUGGAAUAUUGCGGACCUCCGGACACAGCAAUUCUACAAGCGACGAUCCGAAGACUCGAGUCUGAAAUCGAACGACUAAAUUCCACCGGAGUGAAUAAGGAUCUGCAAAUAAAAGUCGAGCAAUUAACGUUAGCGAAUCGAAAACUCCUUCAAGAAAAACAAAAAAUAUCCUCUGGAAAAGGAUCUCGGCACCUGUUGAAUUCAGUGAAAUUGCUGGAGAAGAAUGUUGCCGAAGAGCGAGCUUCAUUUCGUUCGCAAAUACAAAAAUUACGUGCCGAAAAUUUGUCUCUCAAUGCAAAAAUUCGUCAACUAACGCAACAGGCAGCAAAUCGUAAGGUAUCGGGAAAUGGAAGUCGAUCUUCGUUCAUCAGACGACGAGUAACUCCUCCACGUUCGUCGCAAAGUUUUCCAAAUUGCCGUCGAAGUCGUAGCCCUUCGCCGGCAUUGUCCAAUCAUCGUAAAGCCUCCACUUUGUCGAGAAGUUCCUCGAUUGAGUCGAAAAAAUCUCAGGAAUCGCCUCGACGUAUCGCUAAAAAGUCCAAUCGACUCAAAACAAAAGAGAUCGAUUUACGAAAUCUGGAAACUAGGAUACGAACUCUUCAGAAAAUGCUUCACGAGGGAAUCAAUUUUUACUAAUUGAAAUUGUAUGAGAAUAAAAAAAUGGUUUUGUAUGUACAAUGUAAUA